UGUCGUUUUGUCGUUAUGCAAAUGAGUUGGCAACCCAAACAAUAUGGCGGACAACAUGAACACUCAUGGGCAUAGAAACCAUUGAAAUUACUUAAUUUUCAAGAAAAUAUCUCCUGCUGAGAUUAACAUAAAGUAAAUCCAUCAAAAUGGAUGAACGGUUGAAGUGGCUGGAGAUGAGGAUUAGCUCCUCCUUAAGGCCAAGAAAUGAGGACCUCAAGAACAUGUUCCUCAAUGAUGAAAACAGACUUGCCUUCUAUGAGUUUAUAAACAAUGAGGAUGUGAGGAAAUUGUUUGUGUACAGCAAGGAGAGGCAGAUAAUUGCAUCACUGAUUCCACCAUUUGAUCUCAAAUACAAAUCAAUCUUCUUCCUGAAAUGCAAUGCUGGUACCAAACUUACCAAAGAAAAUAUUGGAAAUGAAGUGUUUUACAUUGACUGCACAAAUAUACCACUAGAACAUCUAGAGUUACUUAUCAGAGAGGUUUAUCUCCCCUUGAUGUGCACAAAUCAGGUGAAAAUUGCCACAGGAGGGGACAAAGUAAUGGAUAUACUUCAUAGACUUAUGUCUGUUGUAGAAGUUUCACAAGGCCAUGUCGAGGGUCGCAUCAUUUUGAGUUUGCCCUCCAUAGAAGUGUUAGCAGAGGCAGCCGCUACACCAAACAGAAGAGGGGCUGUCUUACAUGUGCUGGAAACCACAGUACUAGCAUGGAUCAAACAAAUUAAGGGAGUAUUAAAACAUGAUCCAAUAGCAGACCUGUUUCACCAUUAUGGCCCAGAACCAGGGCCUCUGGAUGAAAUCAAAAUGUGGGAGAGGCAGUUAGGACGUCUGCACUCUAUCCUUCGACAGCUGGAGUCUCCUGUUGCUAAGGACAUCCUGCAAAAUCUGAAUCAAGCUGAAAGUCAAUAUUCCAGUUCAUUUAAUCACGUGAGGAAAGAUAUUAACAAGGCUGUAGCUGAGACUAACAGGACUUUACGAUUCCUUAACACUAUGCAAUGGCUGUUUGAGGAUUUGAACAGUACUCUGAACCCGAGCCACAUGCUGAAGUUGUUCAAACCGCUGAUGCAGGUUCUCUUUCUAGUCUGGCAACAUUCUGUGUAUUACCAUCAAAUGGACAAAUUCCACAACAUUCUAAGACUUCUAUCCAAUGAAGUGGUUCACAGGGCUAUAGCUAUGGUAGGAGAGGACAUUCUCAGAGAGCCAUUGGAGUCUUAUACAAAACUGAAGGAAGCUUUGAGAGUAUGUGCUGCAUUCAGAGGGACCUACCUGGACUUCAAAGACAAAGCAGAUGACAAAAAUGCUCAAAACAUUGCAGAAAAUGCUGAGAGAUUGGCAUCAAGACCACAGGGUACACUGUUCCUGACUAAGAUGUAUGGCCCCCAUGCCUAUACCCCCAGGUAUGGCCUGAGACAUGGGGAUGGGCACUCCAGCCAUGACUCACUCAAUGACGACGAAUUGUGGACAGACAGUCCCUGGCCACCUAGAAAUGCUCCAUGUUUUGAUUUACUGAACAGCUUCAUGGAAAGAUGCAAUGACGUACUUGAGCUUGUUGAGACAACUCGUCACUUCCGCCUGCUGGCAGACGCUGCUGAGAUCGGUGGUGCUGGCAGUAUGAGCUUAGAUGCCCUGGUCAAGGAGAUUCAUGUCAAAUACACACAGGCCAUGAAGGAUUUUUUUGCCGUAGUGGACAAUGUCCUUAGUAUAGAUGGGACACAGAAUUUUGAAAGGGCUUUCUUCAGAUUUAGAACAAUUGUCAAGUCCCUGGAGAAGAGAUUAGCGGAGAUUUUACGUCUGUCCUACAACCACUGCCCCACCGUCGAGUCCCAGCUGAGACUUCUAGAGGUGUUUGAGGGGGUCAGCGGAAGAGAACUUGUUCAGAUUCACUUGAGAGACAAGGAUCAUCAGCUGGUUCAGGCUUUUUCUGAGGAGCUACAAACUGUCAGGAGCAUGUUUGAUGACUGCAGCAUCAGUCCACCCCUACACAGAAACAUGCCCCCCAUUGCUAGUCGACUCUUCUGGGUCAGAGCACUGCAGGAAAGGAUCAGGAGGCCAAUGGACAAGUUGAAGCGAGUAAGCCCCCAUUCCCUGGAGGGGGAUGAAGGCUGGCAGAUGAAGGAUGCUUACCAGGAUUGUAUAAAGGUUCUGGAGGAGUACGAGAAAAAGAUCUCCCUAGACUGGCAGAAUAAUAUCACCUCAGAGUUGACCAUGAAGCUGAAACAACCACUACUGAUUGCAGAAGAGUAUGAUGAAGAAGUGGAUCUCCGUCCACAAGUUGUUCAUGCUAACUUGGACUCUCAGCUCCUUCUCCUACUGAAGGAAAUCCACUAUCUGUGUGGAGAUCCCUUCAAUAUCCACCUUCCACCCGCUGCCAAGGAGUUGCUGAGAAACACGGAUGCCCAGGAACUGAGAACCACUGCUACCCGACUGGAAACCAUUGUAUCCAAGUAUAACAACAUCAUGAGGUCAAUUACAGAAUUUGAGAGACCUCUGUUUGAAAGAAAACUUGCCAAAAUUGAUAUUCUAUUUGAACAAGGCCUUCAGCAGUACACUUGGAGGAUGAAGGAAUCUGCUGACUUCAUUGAGCAAGCCAUGUCUUUGGUCUGUGUGGACGUCCACCAGAAUCUGGACACCGUCCAGACAAAUUGUCAUGAGAUUGCCGGAAUCACAAUAUCCUGGUCCAUGGGAACUCUGGAUGUGUUUGUCUCCCGAGAUCAAGAGAAGUCGUAUUCCAUGGAGGAAUUACUUGGAAUGCAAAAGCAUCUAGAAGAUGACUUUGAGAACACAGUCAUUCCCUCAGGACAUAAGAUUCACCAGCUUGUGGAUGCAUCAUUUGAGGCAGUACAGAUAAGUCAGGCCUCUCCUGCCUGGCAGGAUUAUAUAGACUAUGUGGAUGCCAUUGUUCUGGAUGGCCUGAAGCAGGCCACUCUCACUAGUCUCAAGUCCAUGUUAAACAAUCUGGUGCAAGCCAACAUGGCCACAGAGGAUGACUUUGUUAUGCCAAUUCUUACCAUCCGAUUAGAGCUGAUUGACAACCGCGUGGCAUUCAGGCCACCACUGGACACCCACACCUCAGUUAUCUCAGUUCAGGAACUUGUUCAUCAGUGGCUGGACAGUUUUCUGGCUCGAGGAAAACUUGUCAAAAUGCUUGGACCUAAGGGUACAUAUCAGGAUUACAUAGCAGCUGAUGAGGAAGUUAAACAGCUCCUGUUAGACAUUAAUAAACUGGUGGAUGAAAAUGGAGAGGAGUGUAAGAAACUAAUUGACAUUUUUGGGGACUAUGCUUUCCUGUGGCUACAAGAUGUCAAUUUGACCUUUGAGGAGUUUCUGAGGGGAAAACUUUCACCUAAUCCCCUAAGGAGCCCCAACAGAACAUUUGCAGGAAUGGUCAGACAACAAGCAACUGAAAGAUCCAGAACUGAAUCUAGAGCUUCAUCAACAAGCAGUUUGAAUUCAGCAGGACUACUGGGAACAGCUGAGAGGACUUUUCUCACACCUAAAAAUAUACAAGAGGAAGUCUCAUCCAAUAUUCCAAGUUUGGAUGAAUUUGAUUCAGAAAUUGAAAUUUACAGGACUGCCCGAGAUGAAAUACAAAGUUUGGAAGAUUUCCAUAAUGUGGGAUGGCUUCGUGUGGAUUUACAACCAAUCAAACAAGUUCUUACAACUUAUGCUGCCAAAUGGAUGUGGACAUACACUAAAUACCUGUCAGAUCAGGUGACCCACAUGUUGGAGAAACAUGACAUGUUUCUCAAGAGAAUUGAGCCGGAGAUUGAGGGGAUAACUGGGGAGGAGAGGGACACAGCCUCCUUUAUGAAAAUGAUGAGACUCUUUAAUGAGGUCUCAGCACAGCAACUAGAGAUGGAUGGUAAAUUCACAGCUAUGCACAGAACUGUGUUACUGCUGAAGAAAUACGGACAGAAGUUACCAGAAAAGACCCAGGCUUUGUUCAGUGCAGCACCAGGCCGAUGGAAUAACUUGAAAACUAAGGUAUCCUUGGCCAAACAGAGACUGGGUCCCAGGAUACAGGAGGAGUCUGUACGAAUCACUCAGGAUUUAGAGGCCUUUGGAGUUAGAGUUAUGUCCCUUGCUAAGGAGUUGGAGAACUCUGAUGUGUACAAUAGAGACUGUAACAUUACUGAUUCCUGGGUGAUCAUCGAUGGAUUCUCCAAGAGGCUGACCGUCCUGGAGAAUGAAGCACAGGAUCUCAUUGAACUUCAAGGACUUCUGGAAGCUUCUGUAGUAAAUUUUGAAAUCUUGCCACAGUGCCGUCAUGAGUUGAACAAUUUGAAGCAAGUUUGGGAGACUGUGCGAGUGAUUGAUGAACAGCAGUCUGAGUGGAAGAGGCACCGCUGGCAGAAGAUGAACACUAAGUUCUUGAAGGAGGAGACGAAUAAACAGUUAGACAUUGUCAGGGGUCUUCCAGAGGAUAUUUUUACCUGGGAUGUCUACAUGGGGCUGCAUGAGUCCAUUACCACAAUACAGGCCUGCCUUCCUCUUAUUGAUGACCUCAGUAACCCUGCCAUGAGAACCAGACACUGGAAAAAACUGGUUCAGGUCACCAAAGGAGGGCUUAACAUUGACACGGAUUCACUCAAGAGGAUGACCCUCGGGGAAUUACUGAGUCUCGGGUUACAGAAACAUGUGGACGAUGUUCGCGCCCAGGUCCAGAGGGCCGUGAAAGAUCUGUCUAUUGAACAGAGUCUGAAAACUUACGAUGAGGUCUGGUUGAGUAAGAUCUUUGAGCUGCGACCUCACACACGAGUCAGGACCGAAAUGGAUGUCACACCAACUAAUCAGGAUCAGCAAAGUGAGAGUGAACACUCUCAACACCAGGGUCAAGGGGGACAACCCCCUGCUGCCAGUCGAAGUCAGGCACGAACAGGAAGUAGGAUUUCCAACCAAAGCUCACACAGUAAAAAUAAACGAAGCAGUAUCGCGUCACUUCCUGCUUCACUGCUGAAUCUUGGUGAGGACUCAGGGCAGAUAUUACUACUGACCAACACUGACCCAAUCUUUGCUGAACUUGAGGCCCACCAGGUGUCGCUACAAGCGAUGCACAGCAACAGUUUGGCCGGUAGCUUCAUGGAUGAUGUGGUCAAAUGGCAGAAACGGUUGCAGACCAUUGAGGCUGUCCUCAGAACAUGGCUUGAUGUUCAGGAACUCUGGAUAGAGUUGGAAGAGGUAUACUCCAGUACUGAUGUGAGGACCUCCCUUUCCCAUGAUGCCAACAGAUUUGCUGUCCUCAACAAAGACUUCAGACUCCUCAUGAGGGCCACAGAGAAAAAUCCCAAUGUCCUACAGAGAUGUACUCGUAAAAACAUAUUGUCAAUUGUGGAGCACAUGAAACAUGGCCUUGAGACCUGUCGUAAAAAUCUCCUCCAUCACCUGGAGCGAAGACGUCAAAUCUUCCCUCGAUUCUACUUCUUGUCUAUGGAGGAUGUCCUUCAUAUUGUCUGCAAUGGGUACGACCUUAACCAGGUGAACCUGUACAUUAACAAGCUGUUUGAGAAUGUGGGGAGCAUUGUGUUUGAGGAGGUUGAGGAGGAGGAGCGGUAUAAAUUCCUCAUCACUGGGGUCACCAGCUGCCUCGGGGAGAGACUGGACUUUAAUCAACCUGUAGCUUGUGAGGGACAAAUAGAAACAUGGCUGUCCUCAUUUGUCAGCAGUUUGAAGAACUCCCUCCAAUUCCAAAUGGCCACAGCCCUGGGGUACGAGAAGCCCAAGCCAAGACAGAGGACAAUAAGGAGUGCUGGAUCUAGGAGGGUCUCAGUCCCUGCAAGGGCCUCCAGUUCCCUCAGCAAGCAGAAUAAAGGGGAAAAAGGUGGAAGUCGCACAAGCAGUAGACAGAAGAAAGAAAGAGAAAAAGAAAAGGAACCAGCUAACAAUAGUAGAGCAUCUUCUGUUGCCGAGCAACUGUUAGCUGACCCUGAAAAAGACCCCCAGAAGUCAUGGACUCUGGAUCAUGUGACUGAAGUUGUUUACCUAGCAACACAAGUCCAAAUGACAGAGCAGAUCUCAGAGAGUCUGGCUGCACUAGAUUCUGGAAAUAGGGACAGUCUCAAGAACUGCCAUGAGAAGAUAAGCUCUAGUAUUAAGGCCACAGUGGUGUUACUAAAAGGCUUGGAGGGAGACAAGGAGGCAAAGGGCAGGAAAGAGAAAACAGAAAGUGAAAUGAAGAAUCAGAAACUUGGUGAGGACAAAGAAGAGCUAUCUGAGUCUGCCUCCGUCGCCGGGGCCAGAAGUAGUUACGGUGGGGCAUCCAUGGGGCAAUCCAGGAAGGGCUCCAUGUUUGAUGUGGGGCUAGAAUCGGGACGAUCCCCCAUCCCAGAGGAAGAGGGCUCUAUACAAGAUCAUCAGGACUCUUCAGGAACAGGUGGUGACAACACUCAGAGAUCAAAAACUGACAAACCUGACCAGAAAGCAAUGGUGGAACCUCAGACAAUGGAGCCCAUAGACACUAUGAACAUUCUCAAUAUGCCCCUCCCAACGAUCAAAACCAAACAGGAAGAGGAAGCGGCGAAACAGGAAGAACCUAUCGACAACUCAGAACUCAGACUCAUGUUGUUCCCAAGUCAGAUCCAGAAACUCACUUCUCUGUUGGCCUUAAUGGCUCACCUGAGAGAUUUCAUGGAGCGAAUGAUUGAGGCCGAGAAUAAUGAUGCUAUGAGUACAUUCCAGUGGAGCUCACAACUCAGAUAUUCCUACAACAAGGAAAACAAAGGGGUCUCUAUUAAGUGUCUGGAUGCGGAGUUUGACUAUGGCUAUGAAUACGUUGGUUCCAGCAAUAGAGAGGUCAUCACUCCCCUUACAGAGCGAGUAUUUGUCGCCCUGUGUCAGUCCAUUAAGGCACAUUUGGGGGGCAUGUGUGUUGGAGCUAUGGACACAGGAAAGUUUGAACUUGUUCAUGAGCUCAGUCGAUCCCUGGGGUACCCCCUGUACAGGUUCAACUGUACCAAGACCAUGAAUUAUGAACAACUUCAAGAUAUAUUCAGAGGAAUGGCUGCAACAGGAUCCUGGGUGUGUUUUGACAACUACAAUCACUUGGCCCCUGCGGUACUGAGUGUCUUUGCCCAGUUGAUGUCUGCCGUGAUGGAGGCUUUAAAAGCUGGAAAGGCAGCAGUCCAUCUCCAGUCAGAUGACAUACAGCUUAGCCCCAGUGGGGCAUGUUUUGCCCUCCUAGACAGUGCUCUAAAGGUUCAGCCAGGAAACCCAGACAAACUCCUCCUGUAUCCAUCAGUUACUGCAGCUCUCCCUGACUACAUCAUGACCCAGUUUAGGACAGUCACCAUUGUACAGCCUGACCUUCACCUUACCCUGGAGGUCAUGUUAUGUAGUCAAGGAUUUAUAAAUGGAAGAGAAUUGGCUAAGAAGACUAUGAUGGUGUAUGAAAUGUGUCGCAAACUGCUGGGUACCACGCAGUUCAUAUCUGAAAACAUGACACAAGGUUGUGACAUAGCCACCAGUAAUGGGGGCUGGAGUAUUAAGACUCUAAAGGGUGUGGUGUCUGAGGCAGGAGCCUAUCUAGAGAAGAAUACAAUUGAUGUGCUAGAGAUGGAUGAGAUGAGCCCCAUCAAAGAGGAAGAGGAGGAUGAGGAGGAGGAAGAACUCCAGGAAGAUGGAGAGAAACACGAGGAGGAGGCAUCAGAAAAAGCUAAGAAGGACAAAGGACCUGCAUCUGUUCCAGCAGAUGACCUUUCUUCUGAAAUGAAACUACGGGCAGAAGAAAAAUCCUUAGUUAUGGCCAUUAGGGACACAUUCCUUCCCAGAAUGCAAGGCAGGGAUGCAAGCAUCUUCUGCACCUUGAUUACAGAUAUCUGGCCUCAUGUAGACCUACCUCUUCUGUUUGGAGGAGAGUCCCCAUUGUCUAAAGCACCACAGUCAAGAGUCAGUUCCCGAGCGAGAACAGCCAAGAGUGAUAACUCUGCCAAAUCAUUGAAAGAUCCAAUUUUCCAUUGGAGAGACUCAAUUAAUCUGAACACCCCAGUGGUGCCCCUGGCUCACGGUGCAGGAAGUAGAUUUAUGGUGGAUGGGCAGAGACAGGUCCUAGAAGACAUGCAUGAUGCCAUCGCUGUGGCAACCGGUGACCUUGGUUUGUUGCCAGGUGUUGCUUUCCAAGGACGUGUGGCACAACUUGCACAGCUGAAUGCUGCCCACCAAACAAUAUUUGUUGUGGGCCCUGCUGGUUGUGGAAAGAGUGAGUGCAUCAAAACGUUUGGAUUUUCUGAGAGGGAAAGAGGUAAAACCAUUGCUAUCCAAACCCUCUUCACCAAGGCUGUAGAAUCGGAGGAACUCAUGGGAUACUUCCACACCAAGAAUGGUGAGUGGAAGGAUGGCUUGUUGACAUCACUCCUGAGGAAGCUGUGUAUACAGCCUGCCUCCACUAACUAUAACCUCCAGACGGCCCAGAAAAUGAAGGUCAUCCAGCUGGAUGGGGAGGUGGACCCAGGUCAGAUGGAGCUGCUUAGCGCGGUGCUCAACAAUGACGGAGCAGUGGUGCUUGGUAACAGUGAGAGGAUAAUUAUACCAGAGACUGUCAGAUUUAUCUGGGAGAUGGAAAAUGUAGAGAAGAUGAGCCCUGCAGUUCUGGCCAACGUAGGAAUCUUGAUGAUGACAUCACAAGAUGUCGGGUGGAAGAUGAUGUUAGUUCAGUGGCUGGAGAAAUGUGAUGAGGCAGACAAAGAAUUACUGACCGGAUUUUGUGACAUUUACAUUGAAAAGACAAUUGACUAUCUGACAAAGUGCUGCCAGCCGCACAUGUUUGGAAACAAUGACAGCACAGGGUGUCCUCGUUACAGGAGGGUCAUCAACCACUCUAUUGAGAAUAUGGUGGCCACGUUCACCACACUUCUGGAUGCCUUGAUCACCAGAUGUAGAGAACUGAGCGAUGUAGAACUGGAGCGCUAUUUUAACUUUGCCGCUAUCUGGGCCUUUGGAGGGACUCUGGAGGCUGACUGUCGAGAAUCAUUCAGUAACUGGUGGAAGGAGCAGUUCGAGCAGCAUAUUGACUAUCCAGAGGAGGGAACUGUGUUUGACUACUCUGUUGGGUCAGUGGAUGCAGUGGACCAGGGAACCCAUGAGUUUGUACGCUGGGCUGAUAUUCUCCCCUCCUAUAGCAGUAGUGCAGCGAUGGGUAUCCCUCCGGAGGCUUUUGUUCACACAGUCCCAGCUGAGCAAAUGACAUUCCUGCUGAGCACCUUGACUGACUUUCGUAAGUCUGUGAUGCUGGUGGGAGAAAAUGGAUGUGGAAAGACAGCCAUCAUCAACGACAAGAUCAGGACUGCAUACUCUGGAGAAGUGGCAGAAGUUCUGUCCCUUACCAUACAGGCCAAUAGGUUCACCAAUGCUAGACUGCUGUAUGACAGAUUAGACGAGAGACUAGAAUGGAAGCAUGGACAGACUUACGUUCCAAAGGGCAACAAACGUCUGCUCUGUCUGGUGGAUGACAUCAAUCUGUCACAGGUCGACAUGUCAGGCCAGCAGACAGCUGUGGAGUUGGUCAGAGAACACAUCGAUGAUGGUGGCUUCUAUAACCAGGACACCCAUGCUUGGCGCUACGUCAACAGUGUUACCUACUGCACCACUGUUAAUCCUAACACCACCGCCAAUGUCCCCAAACUCAGUCCCAGGUUCAUGAGGCACUUUGCUGUCUUUGGAGUUCCAUAUCCAGACUUGGCAGACCAACAGAGUAUUUUCUCCAUCCUUCUCCAAACUCACUUCAUUGCCCCAGAGACCUCUAGUGCCCAGGCUGGUCACCAUAUGCACGAUGAAAAGAACCUGGUCAUCAUAAAGAAACAGGAGGAGGCCAUGAGGUCCCUGCUGAACCUGAUCGUCAAGGUGACAGUAGAGCUACAGGAUCGCCUGAGAUCCAUGUACCUCAUGACUUCCCAGAGGUGCCAUUACCUGUUCACAAUGAGAGACCUCUCUGUUAUAUUCAAGAACCUAUGCCUGUCUCUGAGACCAGGGUGUACUAAAAGGAAUCUGAUGUUGCUAUGGCAGCAUGAGUGUACUUGGGUGUACUCCCACAGAAUGGUCAGUGAGGUGGACGUCCGUAGGUUCAGACAAGCUUUUGUGACGGCAGUCAAGAAGGAAUUUACCAAUGAUGAAGAGGUGACACAAAUGUUACGUGUCCGUCAGCCGUAUUUCAGUAACCUGAUAGAACAGGACAGUGGGGUGGUGACUGCCGGGAUGAUUGACACUCGUCACAGCUCCAACAUUUCAGAGGAGGACGCUAAAACUGAUCUCUACAAACCCGUCUUCAAGUUUGAAGACGUCAAAGAACUGAUGUCAAAGGGGGUAGAGGAAUAUAACAAAAUUCACCCCCGCAUCAAACUGGCCCUGUACAAGACUGUGAUAGAACAAGUGUGCCGAUUGGCUCGUACCAUCGCCUCACCCCACGAGACCUCCCACUCAGUACUGGUGGCUGAAGGGUGUCCAGGGAGGGCCACAAUCAUUGUCAAGCUGGCAGCCCACCUGUGUGGAUACACUGUCUAUCAGAUUAACCCCACCUCCAUGGGAUCCACCACUGAAUACAAAAUGGAUCAGUUCAAGGCAGACUUAGUGCAGGGAUAUACCAGAGCUGGAUCAAGAGGAGAGAAGAUCCUGUUACUCCUACAUGAGGAGGAGCUUCUGAAGGAGGACUUUAUUGUGUUCCUACAGGAGUUCAUCAUGGGGGGCUCUAUCAGUCACCUGUUUACCUAUGAGGAGCAGACCACCAUCAUCAACUCAAUCAGAACAGAGGUCACCCAGGCUGGACUCACCUACACUAGGGACGUGGCAUGGAACUUCUUCCUCAAAACUGUAAGAAAUAACUUCCGAGUGUGUUUCAUAAUGAAUGAAGGCAAAGAAGCUUUCCAAAGACGUUGUAGAGAAUUCCCAUCUUUUGCCAAGAAUGUCAACUUCCUUUGGUUUCCUCAUUGGUCCAAGACUCAGCUGGUUGAGCAUGCUCAGUAUCACUUCAAAGACAUUAGCUGGAUGUCUGACCUUCAGAGAGAGAACAUCUCUUACAUGUUGGCCUCCAUGCACCUGGUCCUCCGUCAGCAGGACGGACAGGAGAGGGAUGCUGGGGAGUACUGUCACAUCACCAACACCAGCUACGAGAAGUUUGUAGAAAGAUAUAUAUCCUUAGCCAGUGCCAAGCAUGAAGAGGUUAACAAUGACCAUGAAUCAGUGACAAAAUCAUUGAACCAUAUCAAACGUGAGAAUGAGGUUGCCCUCAAACUCAGAAAACUGCUGGAGCAUGAAAUGAUUGUACUGGAGGAAAGAAAGCAAGGCACCAUUAAAAUCUUGUCUCAAAUUGGGAAGGACACUGCCAUUACAGAACAACAGAUCAAAGUGGUCAAAGCACAACUGGACAGAAUCUCCAGACUCAAGAAGUUGCUCCCAGAAUACCAAGUUGCCCAUGAGAGAGCAGUGUAUAAAGCUAUAGCCAUUGUGGCAGACACAAAGAAGGUCAUUCAGAACAUGGAUAUAGAGAAACUCAGUGAACUGAGAGGCAUGAACAAACCUAUACUGGACAUUGAGGACCUGAUGACAGCCAUCAUCAUGAUCUUGAAAUCACCAUCUGCAGACCUAACUUGGCAGAAAGGAGCAAAGAGGCAAAUGGCAAAUUUAGAAAGAUUCAUUGAAGAGCUGAUGUCAUUUGAUGACAACCAACUCCCAGAAUCCACUCUACUUUUGGUGGAGCCCUAUCUGAAGAAGCCCAGCUUUGACCCUGCUGCUCUAGAGAGAAAGACCAGUAACUCCGCCUGUGGCGCCCUCUGUAAGUGGGUCAUUGGCGUGGUACGAUACCACAGGAUGAUGAUCUCAAAGGUAAAACCACUGCACCAGAAAGUAGAAGAGACUACAACAGCUGUGGAUGAAGCUGAACACAAGAUGUCUACUCUGGAAAAUAAAAGAAAGUCACAUGAAGAGAGAUUGAAUGAUUUGGCCAGAGGAUUUGAAGAAGCCACAAUUGACAAAAAUCAACAGGAAGAAAAGACCAAAACAAUGAAGAAAAAACUGGAGACUGCUGCUCAACUCAGAAAGAUUUUGAAAGGAGAGAGACAAAGAUGCCAGCAGAUCUAUGAUUCCCAUGAACGUCGAUUGGUGGCUAUACCAGGUGGUUGUGCCAUGGCAGCUGCCUUUGCCACAUAUCUUGGACCCUACCAUCACAACUUUAGACGAGUCAUGCUGACCAUUCAUUGGCCAAACUGCCUGAGAGAGAGGGGAAUUCCUCUAGUUAUUGAUAGUAUUGAUGGAUUGAAAGGUCGAGUGAUAGACUGGACCAUUGACUUCUUGAAGACUGCCUCUGGGGCCAGCCAGGUGUAUGACAUUGACUAUACGUCCGCCCUGCUGGGUCAGAAUAUGGAGCAUGAUGACUCUAACGCCACUCAGCCACAAGAAGAAGCAGAGGAGGAACCUGUGGCAGCUGAAGGUGAGGAGAAUAAGGAAAAAGUAGAGGAAGAAGGAAAAGAGGAGGACAAAGAGGAGGGUGAGGAGAAAGGAGACAAGGAAAAGUCAGAGAAAGAGGAGAAAAAAGAGGAGGCAGAGGAACAUACAGAUGAUAAAGAACAGGAGGAGUCAGACAAAGGAAAGGAGAAGUCCCUCGCCAAGAUUCAGGAGGAAGGCAGCGAGGGGGAUAAGGAGAGUGAGGUCACUCAGUCCACUACUUCUAUGAUGACCUCUGUCCAGUACAAUAAGUAUGUCCUGUCACUCAUCAAGCUUCUAGUAGGGGAGAGAACUCUGAACGACUGGACUCGCAAAGACUUUGGACCAAGGCAGAUAGAAAAUGCAGCCAUUUUAUGCUCGUCAUGGCAACGACCUCCCAUGAUGAUUGACCCUAAUGGAGAAGGAUCUGUGUGGUUGGGAAAACUCAAUAAAUUAUUGAAUUCUAAGAAACUGAUAUCCUUGGACAUGGAAACAAGGUCUGAUCCACAUGUACUUAUAACACUGGAGAAGGGGAUCAUGAGAGGAAAGCCAAUCUUACUGACUAAUUGUGAGGAACACAUCGACAAUGUCAUCACUCCUCUCAUCCAUCAUCGUAACACAGCCGAGGAAAAUGACAAGAAUGAGGAAGCCCGCAUGAUAAAAUUCUGUGGCCGACGAGUAUUGUGCCAGCCAGACUUCAGGUUCUACUUGUCGACACCACUUGCCAAACCACAAUUCAACCCAGAAGUGGCUUCCACCACCACCUUGAUCAACUUUGGAGUGUCACAUGACACCCUGACUGAGGAUCUUUUGACCCGGGCAUUUGCCAGGAUGAGACCUGAGUUGUACCAGGAGAGAUGUAAGGCCCUGAAAAAUCUACAGCUACAGAAGGAUACUCUGCUUCAUCUGUCCGAGAUUGUCAAGUCCCAUGUGUUGUCCAAUCAAGCUGGGAUAUUAGGGAGUGCCAAGGCCCUGAAAUAUAUCACAGACAUGACUAAUGCUAAGAUUGAAUUAGCAAACAGACUGAAUGACACCCAAGCACUGCUGUUACACUUGAAUGAUCUCAAAGAUGACCUGUUCCCCUUGGCUCGCCGAGCAGCCAUGUUGUAUGCAAUCAUCCGUAGCUUGCAGAGUGUUCACAAUGAAUACCAGUUCUCCCUCCAUUAUUUCAUUGAACUGUUUGACGAGGCUGUAGGAGGAGAGCUACCCCCAGAAUUCCUCAAUGGAGACGAGGAUGAAGGAGGAUAUGAGGAUGGGGAUGAAAGCUCUGCUGGAGGGGCACUACAGAAGAAACGUAAGGGUAGUGCAGCCAGUUCUCAGGAAUCCAAAGCCAGUGCUACAGCCGGCACUGGGGACAAACAGACUCUCAAGUCGGAGAAAGAAGAUGGAGACAAGGAGUAUGCUGAUGACUUUGAAGAGGACAAAACAGAAGAAAAAGCUAAGGAAACGGAUAAAAACCUAGAACCCCCACCUGAAACUCAAUUAGCAGAUCAAGCCUAUAUUGAGUUGUUAACAGUUUGGAAAAAGCAGGGAGAUUCUGCCAGCACUGCUGCAGCUCAGAAACUUCUGGAAGGAUCAGAAUCAGAUGAUUUACCUCCCCUUGAUAUCCCAGAGACUCUUCCCUUGCCAACAGAGGGUGUUGAGUAUGAAAGCCUCUCAGCCAAUCAGAUCAAGCAAGUCAUGGACAAGAUGACUGGAUUGGUCUACAGAAGAAUAAGAGAAGCCUUGUAUGAAGAGGACAUUUUACUAUUGGCCACAUUGUUGUGCCUCAACAUUGAGGCAGAAGGAACUGAAAACUUCUCUAAUGAAGAAAUGUCACUUCUCCUGCAAGGAAAUCCUGGUUUGGGAAUGCUGUUAACCCUGAAUGACUUUGACUGUAAGGACCGCCCCCCAGCAUGGCUGCCCCAGGAGAAGUGGGAAGACAUCUUGGCCCUGUCUGUCCUGCCUGGACCAUUAGACAGUCUCUGUGUCCACAUGGCCCAAAACUCCAAAUCCUGGAAGUCCUGGUACAAGGUUGAAUAUCCAGAGAGGGAGCCACUGCCUCUGUCCUCAGCAGGGGGGGAAGAAGACAAACGUCCAUCUUCCGGAGGGAGUAAGAACAGUCAAAGUAAUGGCAUGAAGACCCCUGACCUUGGGCCUCUCUCUGACUUCCACCAACUUCUACUGUUACGUAUGCUGAGAGAGGACCGUCUGCCUGCUGCUCUGGUCCGCUAUGUUAACAAGCAUCUAACAAUUAAUCUACCAGAGCAAACUGAAUUUAAUUUGAGUGACGUCCUUCAAGAUGCUAAGCGCCAUCUUGGGGUGUUAUUGCUGCUGCCUCCCAGUGUCUCGGAAAGCCAGCAACAUCCUUCCAACAGACUGCGCCUAACAAAACCACCAGUGGAAGUUCUCAAGAAAAUGGCUCAGGCCAUCGGAGCCCAAGUGGAGACUGUUCGUGUAGGAGAUGGAUGUCAGAUUCUGGUGGAUGAGGCAAUAGACAGUGCAGAUAAAAAUGAUGGCUGGGUGAUAAUCCAGGAUCUUCAUCUGGCUCCUCCCAAAUUCUUCAACGAUCUGAAGAAACAUCUUGUUAGAGUGGCUAGAUCAAGAAGCAAUGCCCAGGAUGAUAAACAGAAAGGAAAUCGUUUCUGCGUUUGGAUUACAUCAGAGCCCUACCCACUCAUUCCAAGCUUCUUGCUGCAGAACCUGCAUAAAAUAGCUUGGAACCACAUUACAGAAGAUGUCAUUAACUCAGGGACAACAAAGGAAGAUCAGAAGGACACAGAGGGAGGGAACCAGUCCCAGAAAGCCCCACUGGCCAUUGUAUAUAGGUCACCGUCAACAUAUCUCCACUCAGCAAUUGUUUCCACCCUCAAACAAGUACCAGUGGACCUGUUGGACAAAGUGUCUACAGAGCCCCAGAUGAUUCGCACUAUUGCUUUUGGUCUGGGAGUCAUACAAGGAAUGCUGGUUUCCCGCCAACUGUUUGGUGCUCAGGGUCUCAACCAGUGGUACCCAUUCAACCGGGUUCAGAUGGAGCAGGCCCUGUUAGCCCUUACCAGUAAAAUGCUUAAAACCGAAGACCAGCAGGCUCCCAAAGUGGACACAAUGGCUGAGAUAUUUGCAAAAGCUGAAUCUCCAUGGCCAACCAAUGUGUCAGCCAGAUCAGAACCACCCCACAAACUGGCUCUGACUGGUUAUGUGGACCAGUUGAUUUAUCAGAACUGUGUAUUGACCUACAGUGACAUGGAUUAUGUUGAGGCAUGUGUUAAAAAUGUCCUGAACAGUUUAUACCAGGACAGUACAGGCAGUUUGGUUCUGGGAAGUGUGGCUAUCCCGACUCCCCCAGCUAAUGUGGAUCCUGUGGACUUUGGACAAUGGUAUGAAGAUAAUGUUGAUGAGGAGUUUACACUAGGAGCUCUUCAGCUACACAGCAGUGUGGAGAGGGAAACCAUCGACUCAGAGGCCACUAGUUUCGUUCGAAAUUUGGACUUGAUGUUUGAAACCCAAACCAUGGAGGCAGGUGAUGUAGCACGCUCACAGCAAGACAGUGUGAAUAUCAUGAGACUGCGAUCAUCUUUGGACAUGUGUGCAGAAGAGUUACCUAAUCUUCUAGAGCUAGGACAGGUUGGAGAUAUGAUCAAACAUGACUAUGACUUCCCCUACCAUGUCCCCAGCCUUGUGAGUGUAGCGACAGUCAGUAGCUCUCAGAUGCCAGAGACCAUUGGAUACUGCUUGUUGCAGGAAUGCCUAUGGAUGAACAACUCCAUUUGUCAUAUGAGACAACAGAUCCAUGAUCUACAAGGCUGUUUAUUAGCGGGUCCAGAGGCCAUUCCUAAGGAGCUCCUGCCUACAGCCUGCUGCCUACAGGAGGAGCAUGUUCCUGUAUCCUGGAUCCAUCCUAAUCGUCAGCCAUCUACUCACUCCCUGGUCUCCUGGCUGGAAGACUUAAAGAAAAGGUACAACCAGUUACAUACCUGGGUUAAACACAGCAUGGUUCCUGUGUUCAAGGACGGAAUUCUGGAGAACCCAACCAUUGCAGCAGGUCGACUGGGCAAAGUGUGGCUUGGAGGACUGGUCAACCCUCAGGCCCUCUUAGUGGCUAUCAGACAGGAGAAAGCUAUUGUAGCCCAGUGCUCAAUGUCUGAGAUAUCGUUUGAGUGUAUUGUACUGGACAAUGUCAACACAGAUGAUUAUGAUGUGGAUGAAGGAGGGAUGUUUGUCAGUGACCUCAAUCUUCAAGGGGCUGCCUGGGAUUAUGAAAAUGAUUGCCUCAAAGAUCCCAACUCAUCUCUGUAUAAAAUUCCAUACAUUUACAUGAAGCCCAUCAUAACAGCUGAACAAGUAGACAAGGUCAAUCAACAGACAAUAUAUCCAUGUCCUAUUUUCAUGAACAAGAGCAGACAAGUCCAGACCACUGAAGUGAACUUAAACUGUCCAGUCCCAGUGGAGAAAUGGAAGCUGGCCAGAGUAGCCCUUAUCCUGGACCCAGGACUGCCAGAAGAUGGUGUGAAGAAGUCAAGGUCCUACAUGAUGCUGAUGAAAGCUCCCCUGAUGCCAAUACAAGAAGAAGAAUUCAUUCACUCAGAUGAAGAGGAAGAGGAACUUAUUGAGCUCGAGCAGGGUGAAGAGGUCGAGAACUCAGAACAGUCCCAGAUGUCAUAUAGACCAAUGAGUCCCAAAGCUCCUCCCUUACCUCCAGGACUUGCCUUACAGAAAGAGCCUCCAAUGGGUGGGGAACAACCCUUAGGAGAUACUGCAAAGAAGUCAAGUGUGAAAGGAAGCAAGGACUCAGUUUACAGUCAAGGAAAGUCUGAAGGAAAGAAAGGAAGUGGAGGUGGUACACCAACAAAAGCAAGUGAAAGAUCCGGUCAACAGUCCCCAGUGGCAAAACCAGGUUCUAGGCCUCCUACAAGGGGUAGUAUGACCAGUAAGAAGUCCAGAGGUAAAGAAAAUGUGACCUCAGAGGAAGACGUAAAGGAACACAAAAGUACCUCAAGACCUCGAUCUGAGCAUGAGGACCCUGUGACUCAGGUGGAGAUUGAGCAUAGUGAAGAUGAGACUGGAGAAGGAACAGACAGGAAAAACCCUCAACAGACUAGUGACAGAAGCUCAGAAGGAAAUCAGAAUCAAAAUGCAACCGAGAAGAAAAAAUCAGAAUCUGUCAAGAGUUUGAAGAAAAGUGAAUCUUCACACAGUUUGAAGAAAGGUGAAUCCAUCAAGAGUUUGAAGAAAGGUGAAUCAACUCAGAGUUUGAAGAAAGGUGAAUCAACUCAGAGCUUGAAGAAAGGUGAAUCAACUCAGAGCUUGAAGAAAGGUGAAUCAACCCAAAGUCUGAAAAAGGGUGAAUCAACCCAGAGUCUGAAAAAGGGGUCAUCUGGGGAAAAUUUAUACAAAACAAAAUCCAAAGAGAGUCUAAAGAAAGUCCCAUCAGGUGAAAACCUUCAAAAGACCGAGUCCAAAAACAACAUUCAUGAUGAGCAGACAAAAUCCUCUGAUCCACCCACCAAUCGUACUGAAGAUGAGAAACAAGGAUCAGACAAGACAAAAUCCUCUGGUCCGCCAACAAAUCGCACAGAAGAUGAAAAGCAGGGGUCAGAAAAGACAAGAUCCUCACCUCCACCAACCCAUCCUACUGAAGAGGAAAAACAGCAGUCAGAAAAGACAAAAACUCCACCUCCACCAACUAAUCGCUCUGAAGUUGAGAGGAGGGAUUCAGAUUAUAUGAGAGAGACAAAAACAACAUCAGAUGACAACCAGAAACAGGAAUCUAGUGUAGCAGACGACAAACAACCAGAAACCAGCAAAGAGCAAGAACCAGCUAAAGAGGUGGAGACAACUCUUGCAAAGGACAAGGAUGAUUCAGAUUUGAUGUAAUUGUAAUUGAGAAUAGAUUUAUUUAUUACUGCCAUUUCACAAAUAUUUAAGAUGUGAGUUCCAGAACGCUUUAAAAAUACUGAUUGCAUCUUGAGAGAUGAAUGAACAAUUUACACUGUUACAUAAAACAUAAACUGUGUUUCUGAAAUAUGAUUAUAACUGCUGAUAUGGUUGUUCCUAGGGGAAAAGAAGGCAAGAUUGCGUUUUUGUUGAUUUUGUAAUGUGAUAUAUGUAUAUUAAAAUGAGUGCCUUAAUUAGCAAAGGAUAUUAGAAACUUUUACCUAAAGCAUUCCAGCCAAAAGCUGAUUGCAAUAUUAAAUAUGUUGUAUUUUUGAUGUUCUGAUAUAGAUUGAUAUAUAUUUUAUUGUGAAAAUUCCAUCCAAUAUUUUCCAGUGAUAUAAGUUACAACAUUCCGUCCACUGUUGACCUGAAGAAAGUUCCGUACUUUGUUAUAUUUUUGCCUUUUUUUUUUUUUUUGUAUUUAUUAUAUAUUUGUUGUUAUGUCUUCUUUUUUGUUGUUGAUUUAUAUUUUUAUAUUUGGAUACUUAAUGCAUCACUGUCUUAAGAUUGAAAAUUGUUCAUGUGAGAGACAUUUGUUGUCAUGUGUAAUAUAAGUGGUCUAAGUGUGUAUUGCACAUUAUUAUUACUUAGGAAAAAAGGUUUUCUGUGCUAGCAUAAAUUUCUUUGCGUUUAAAAUUUCUAUGCAUAUUUGAUGAUGAAUAAAAUAAAAUUUUAACAUCC